CUGUCACUGGAGAAUUAAUUCGGGUUUAUGAUGUUUACCUUUUUAUUUACAGCUUUUAAAGUACAUAUAACCGAAUAAUUUAAAUUGUUAUAUAUUUAAACCCGCAGCAAAACAUUUUAAGCGUUUUUUGUUUUGUUUUAGAUGUUUUCUAAUUGUUUUGUUUGUUAAUAAGAACACAAAGGCUGACUCCCAAAUGGCGGGCGCUUUUGUACUUAUUUUACACCCUGUGUAGUGCAGGUGUCUAGGGAACAGGGAGUGAUUUGGGAUUGAGCAGUUUGGAGUGAGUUAAUGACGCUGUAGUGAGACUUGGUAAAGUGUGAAGGAGACACGGAGAAACGAUGGCGGGAGCGCUGCUGGAGUAUGAAACGGAAAUGUUCCUGAGUCUCUUCAGCACGGAUGGGUUACUGGUGACUGCAGAAGGACUCGGUGUUGAUCGGAUUUUGUUGCACUUUAUGAAGGUUUAUUCAGAGGAAGGCAGCCUGGUGCUCCUGCUGAACACAACCACACCUGAACAGGAGUUCUUUACAGAGCAGCUGAGAGCUGAAGGAGUGAGCCACCUUCCCCAGACUAUUACCAGUGAUGUACAGAGCAGUGAGCGCUAUCACGUGUACACCCAGGGGGGGGUGCUGUUUGUGACCAGCCGCAUCCUGGUGGUGGAUUUCCUCACUGACAGAAUUCCUGCUCACCUCAUCUCAGGAAUCCUCGUCUACCGUGCCCAUAAGAUCAUCGAGUCAUGUCAAGAGGCAUUCAUCUUGAGACUGUACAGGCAAAAGAACAAGACCGGCUUCAUUAAAGCUUUUACAGACAAGGCCACUGCUUUUUCUACUGGCUUCUGUCAAGUCGAGCGGGUCAUGAGGAAUCUCUUUGUAAAGAAACUCUUUCUCUGGCCAAGGUUCCAAGCUUCAAUGAACAGUGUACUGGAGAGACACAAGCCUGAUGUGGUAGAGCUGCAUGUGCAUCUCACUCCAGCCAUGAAGGCCAUCCAGAGCUCCAUUUUGGACAUCAUGAACGCCUGUCUGAAAGAGCUCAAGCGUUACAACCCGACUCUGGAGGCAGAGGACCUCUCGCUGGAGAACACACUGGGCAGUGCUUUUGAGAAAACCAUUCGCCAUUACCUCGAUCCCUUGUGGCAUCAGCUGGGCGCUAAGACCAAAUCUCUAGUGCAGGACCUGAAGAUCUUGCGAACUCUCCUGCUCUACCUCACGCAGUACGACUGCGUCACUUUCCUCAACCUGCUGGAGUCGCUACGUUCCAGUCAGAAAAACUUUGGCAGCAAUUCAGGAUGGCUGUUCCUCGACUCCAGCACUACAAUGUUUGUGAACGCCCGUAGCCGUGUGUAUCACAUUCCUGAGGCAAAAAAGAAACUCAAAGUCGGUGUAGUAGAAGAAAAACCGAACUUGCCUUUAAAAAAAGAGCUUGUGCUUGAAAAGAAUCCAAAGUGGGAAGCUCUGACUGAGGUGCUGCAGGAGAUUGAGAAGGAACUAAGCAGCUCUGAGCAUGAAGCAGGCCGGGUGUUGAUAUGCGCCAGUGACGAUAGAACGUGUGCUCAGCUGAAGGAGUACAUCCAAAAAGGUGCUGAUUCUCUACUCUUCCGCCUUUACUCACGCACUAUUGGUAAAGAUGAGUGUGUACCAGUGCCUGACAAAACCAAACAAGGUAACAGCCGGCCCAGGAAACAUGAAGGUAAAGUGACCAAAGGCAAGAGACCCCAGGCCAAAAAUACCAAACUCAGCACAAAGAAGCAGCGAGCUUCACUGACGCUCACCCAAAUGCUCGGGCAGCAAAACGAAGCCGAAUUGGAACAGAUGGGCAGCAGUGGUGAUGAGAGAGAACAAGAUGAAAAGCAAGAGGUGAAGGAAGAUGUUUUUCUAAACCUUACUUCAGAUUCCUACUACGGUGUCCUCCAAGAGCCCAUGACGGUCAUUCAUCCGCUGAAAGGAUGCUCGGAUCCGUACAGUCUGACGCGCGUGUUAAAAGAGGUCGAGCCCAUGUUUGUGGUGCUGUAUGAUGCUGAACUCAGCUUUGUUCGCCAGCUGGAGGUUUACAAAGCCAGCAGGCCAGGCAAACCUCUCAGAGUGUAUUUUCUUAUUUACGGUGGUUCCACUGAGGAGCAGAGGUAUCUCACCACUCUGCGUAAAGAGAAACAAGCAUUCGAACAUCUCAUAAGAGAAAAAGCCAGUAUGGUUGUUCCAGAAGAGAGAGAAGGCAGAGCAGACACAAACCUGGACCUGGAUCGAAGUCAGGAACCUGCAAGCGCUGCAGCUGACACUCGCAAAGCAGGUGGACAGGACGGAGUGAAAAAGCAGUGCCGGGUCAUCGUAGACAUGCGCGAGUUCCGAAGCGAGCUUCCUUCCCUCCUGCACCGGCGUGGGCUCGACAUCGAGCCUGUCACCCUGGAGGUGGGAGACUACAUCCUGACUCCUGAAAUCUGUGUGGAGCGCAAGAGUGUGAGUGACCUGAUUGGUUCGCUGCAGAGCGGUCGUUUGUACACUCAGUGUCUCUCUAUGAGCCGCUUCUACCGCCGACCCGUGCUGCUUAUCGAAUUUGACCCGGCCAAAUCGUUCUCACUCGUGGCCCGUAGUGACCUGCGUCAGGAAAUCUCAGCCAACGACAUCACCUCCAAACUGACCCUCCUGACUCUCCAUUUUCCCCGGCUGAGGCUGCUCUGGUGCCCAUCACCCCACGUCACUGCACAACUCUUUCAGGAACUUAAGCAUGGUCGGCCUGAACCUGAUGCUGCGACUGCUCAGGCCAUUACAGCAGAAUCCGAGCUGGUGGAAGAUUCAGUAGACCUGUACAACCCUGGGCCUUACGACUUCCUGCUCCGCAUGCCUGGAGUAAACGUUAAAAACGUAAGGGGACUCAUUAAACAUGCUGGCAGCCUGGCUGAGCUGCUCACUCUGAGCCAGGAAAAGCUGAGUGAGGUUCUGGGCAGUGCAGGUAAUGCCAGGCAGCUCCAUGAAUUCCUACACAAUACCAUGGACGAGGCUUCACAUCAGAAGAACAAACAAAGCAAGUCUUAGUACACAAACAAAACAUCGAAAAUGUAAUGCAUUUAUAUAAAUAUUAAAUGUUUAUAUAUAUUUAAGUGGGAUUUUUUUUUUUAGUUCAAUGUACAGUCUAUUAAUUUUUCACUUUUUAUACAUGUAUAUUUAAGAAAUUUGUAAAAAUAAAGAGUGAACUUUUUAAAUUUUGCCCUACAUUAGGAGAAUUUGACAGGGAAAGUGUGUGUGUGUUAUGUGUAUGUUUGCAGUUUUACCAUUUCACCAUCCAAUAAACCUAAUAAAUAAAGAUGUAGUUUGUAUAUUUACAAACCA